GGGGCGGUGCCGUGGCCGAGCAAGGUGGUGUCUUCCGGGCGGUAGACCUGCUGGAGCGCCUCGCCACCGUCUCGAUCGUUCUUACCACCGGCGGAGGCGACCGGCGGGGACGGAGGCGGUAGUAACUGGAGGUGACCCGCGGAGGAGAAGGUACCGCGGCCAAGCAGGGGGUGGCCUCCUGGGCGGUAGAACGCCUCGGCCACGACAGGACCAAGCCGCUCGACGACGAGCCCCUGUCCACGACGAGAUCCCAUCGGCGGACACCUCCAGAUGGACAGGAGCUGGAUCAGAAAGGGGGUUAGAAGACUCUCUACUGAACAUACAAAGGGAGUUGAAGAAUUUAUGCAGUUUGUUCACAGAAGUUUUGGCGAGGAUGCUCAAGUUCUUUGCCCGUGCCGCAGCUGUCUCAACCGCGAAGAACAAACUCUAGCAAAUGUAGAGGCUCAUCUGCUGAUGUAUGGGAUGGCAAGCACUUACGAUCGGUGGAUCCAUCAUGGAGAGCCUUUGCAUGCACCUCAACCUGAACAAGAUCAACCUGAUGGAGAGGCACACCAUGUUGAUCAUGAAGGCGAUGAUUUUGUAGAAGAUGAUCAACAUAUGGAUGAUGGUUUGGAGGAGGAAGAUGGGAAUGAGGAUGACAGAAUUCCUGACCUGUUCAGGGACUUGUACAAGUCAGAACCACAAGGUGGUGAUGGAGAUAAGACUAUCUUUGCUGAGUUGAUAGAGGAGGCGAAGCGUGCAGCAAGUGAUGGUGGUACAUUUUCAAGAUUUACCUUCACCGUGAAGCUUCUCCAUGUCAAAUCUUACUACCGGAUAAGCAAUGCCGCAUUCAACGCGAUACUCCGGAUCUUGACAUUGCAAUACCCCAAAAGUUCAAUUCCCAGAAAUUAAGAUGAAGCUUUGAGCAUCAUCGGAAGAUUGGGGCUUGGCUAUGAUACAAUACACGUGUGCCCCAAUAACUGUGUGUUGUUUCGGAAGCAGUUCGCCAAGCUUGACAACUGUCCGAAGUGCAACGCUUCUCGAUGGAAAGAUGGGAGGAGGCAGAUACCUGAGAAGGUACUGAGGCACUUCCCUUUGAUACCAAGGCUCCAGAGAAUGUUCAUUUCGAAGGAACAGUCAGAGGAGGUACAGUGGCACAAGCUAAAGCGGCAACCUGUGGAGAAUGAGCUUAGCCAUCCAGCUGACGGAGAAGCAUGGAAAGAUUUUGACAAGAAAUAUCCAAAAUUUGCAGCUGAUGCAAGGAACAUAAGGCUCGGCAUUGCCACAGAUGGGUUUAAUCCAUUUGGCAACAUGAGCAACUCAUAUAGCAUGUGGCCAGUGUUCAUCAUGCCAUACAAUCUACCACCAUGGGCAUGCAUGGAUCAAUGCAACCUUAUGAUGGCUUUGCUUAUCCCAGGACCAGAUUCUCCAGGAAAGGAUUUUGAUGUCUUUAUGGAGCCCCUCGUCGAAGAACUCCUCCUGCUGUGGAAAGGUGUCCGUACCUAUGAUGCACUGAGUCCCGACAAGUUUGAUCUGCGCGUUGCGAUAAUAUGGUGCAUACACGAUUUCCCGGCGUUGCACACUUUGUCGGGGAGGGUCACGGCAGGUUAUAAUGCAUGUGUGCGCUGUGACAAAGACCCUUGCUCGAAGAGAAUAAGGAACAAGAUAUGCUUCAUUGGGCACCGCCGGUGGCUUCCUCACAACCAUCGAUGGCGAAAAAGCAAGAAU